AUGCUAAAAAUAAAUCAACUAUGCUUUAAUUUGAUCUGAGCAAUUCAGCCCCUUUCCUUAGUUGUGAAUAUAAAUCAAGUAUUUUUGCCUAGCACAAUGCUUCAUCGUGAAUUGAUUCACAUGUGUUGGCUAAAUAAUGGAACCACCAGUGAAGCUUACAUUAAUGGAAAUAUCAGCUUAGAUUAUUUGUCUCCUUCUCCUUUUAAAAAUAUAAAUAUGGAUAAAUCCAGCAACUAUUCUAUGAUAUUUGGACAGGAAGCUGACUCAUUCAAGGGAAGUUUUAAUUCUGAACAAUCAUUCAGAGGAAAAAUCUCUGAAUUUCAUAUUUGGAACUACACCCUAUCUGAAAACAUUAUCAAAGAAAUAUCCAACUGUAAAUCUACACUUAAAGGGAACAUAGUUUCAUGGGAUACAGAAUAUAUCAUAUUUCAUAGUGUAAGCCCGGAGCACACAAACAUUGAAACGCUUUGUGCUCCUUAUGACAAAGUGAUAUUUAUCAAAGAUACAAUGAAUUACAAAGAUGCUGAACAAUAUUGUAAGAUUCACAAAGGAUAUCUUUACACUCCAGAGUCAAAGCUUAGGAAUGACUGGAUGGUAGGGAUGAUUCUAAAAUUUAACAAGACAUGUGAAAAGGAUUCUUGGAUAAACAGAUCACCUAAUUUGGACAAAAAAAUGGAAUCAGGAUCAGAAAAACAUUUCAACAAUUGGGAAAGGAAUGUUAUUGAAGAUAACUGCUCAACAAUAAGACCAGAUGGAAAAUGGCUUACUCAAACAAAACAUAUUUGUGAAUAUCAAACCAAAUGUUUUGCUUGUGCAUUUGUUCAUGAGCCUGUAUUUACAUUAAAAGGAUUUUGUUUGGAUUUUAUACCAUCAUAUAACUACUACAUUAACCAUGGAGAAAAUGGAAUGCAGUACAUUGGAUAUAAAGAUAGCUCAAUCAUCAGGAGUCUAAAUGGAUGGAAAUUGUUGGAUAAAAAAGGAACAGAAGUUAUUAGUACAACUAAAGACACUGAAACCCCACUGGGAAGAAUUUUAUGGUUUGGGACUAAUGAGGACUGCAAGCUUAUUAAAGAUGAAAUUUUGCUCACUAUUUCAAGUUGUAAUAUGCAUCAGCAGUUCACUUGCAACUCUGGACAAUGCAUUGAUAUUGAGAUGUAUUGCAAUAAUCACUUUGAUUGCAAUGAUGGCUCUGAUGAAGAUGACUGUACACAUAUAGUUAUAAAUCCAAGAUAUUUUAUCAAUAAUCCUCCUGAUGUAGAACAUAUGAAUAACUCCAUGUUUAUAAAUGUUAAAAUAAUUCAAUUUGACAAUAUUGAUAGUCUGAAAAUGACUAUAACUCUCACAAUGGAUGUACAAGUAUCUUGGAAGGAUCCAAGACUUUUUUUUAAAGGUAUUUCUCGAUAUCAAGGCCCUGGAAUGUCACGCAGUAAUAUACAUGAUGGCUUGAAGGAUCAGAUUUGGAAGCCUUGGAUUUAUUUGGAAAAUGUGAUAUUGGGAACAACUGUUGUUGGAGAAACAUCUAGUUUACAAAUAGUUCAAACAGGCCCUGAACAGACCGCAUCAGUCAAGAAUGCCAAUGAGUUUAUAACAUUUGAUGGCAAUAAUGUGCUGCUGUUUCAUUUACUAAGGUUUCAGGGACAAUUCUUUUGUAACAUGGACAUCUUUAUAUUCCCGUUUGACAGGCAGAUGUGCAAUAUUUCAAUUAUGUUAAGAUUUGGUGACUCUGCUAUGGUGAAACUUGUACCAGAUUCAGAAGAUGCUGUCAGUUAUAAAGGUCCUAAAAACCUCAGACUAUUCCAAGUUGGAACAUUAAACUGGACUUCAGAGACAGUGGGCACCGAUUCUAAAUUCAUCUUCUCCAUUAAGCUGGACAGAUUAUUCUCUGAGCUAUUGAUCUCAAUAUUCUUUCAAACAUUCCUCCUUUGGUUCUUAGCAUUUCUAACUCUUUUUAUCAGGUUGGAGAACUUCAAUGAACGUGCAAUGGGUGGCAUCACAGUGUUGUUGGUGUUGGUGUCACUUCUGGCUUAUGUCAAGUCAAGUGUUCCGACCACCUCUGGACUUAUUUUGAUCGACAUUUGGUUUGUCUGGUUUAUCACAAGUGUUUUCCUGGUGAUUAUUUCUGUUGGAAUUCUAGAAAAUAUCCGACAUCAGGACUAUGAGUACAGCAGGAAACUAAACAACAUUGCUAAAGUAUUCUUUAUCAUCUGUACUCUUGUAUUUAUCUGUGGAUAUACAGCAGUUAUUCUGGAAUACUGAACAUACAGACCUACCCACAAGUGAUAAGUCCUCCAAGACGACUUUACACUCUAAGAAAUGACAAAGGAAUUGAGUUUUUGCCAAAAACUCAAAUCUGCU